AUGCGGCGACUAGCAACCCUAUCUUGGCUGUAUGCCAUCUAUGCUUCCAUUGGCAGCAGCAAAGCCAUAACAGCAGAUUAUGGGUCUUGCCACGACGCAUGCAUCCUUCUUUCCGAAACACUUUCUGUUGAGCUAGGUGCCAGUCAUGUGUCCGAUUAUAGGCAUUAUACCACAGUUGGGAAUGGAUCCUCUGUGGCAUCACUCUUCUGGGCACAGCAGCAGCAAUCUACCCAACCAGCUUGUCUUAUUCAUGUCUACUCUCCGCAAGACGUUGCCACCGUCAUAUCUGUCUCCCGCAGCACGAGUUGCCCAUUUGCUGUUCGUGGUGGCGGGCACUCAGAUAUUCAUGGUGCAAGCAACAUUGAUGGCGGCAUCACUGUCAAUAUGGCAGGGUUGAGCAAUGUCGAACUGCACGAGAGUGAAGGCCUGGUCAGAGUCGGUGCAGGAGCUAAAUGGGGUGACGUUUAUAAAGAACUUGAGAAAUCAAACAGAACCGUUGUGGGCGGCCGACUCACUGGAGUUGGUGUUGGCGGACUGCUGUUGGGUGGAGGACUCAGCCACUUCUCCGGUCUACAUGGCUGGGCUUGUGACAAUGUCCGUAAUUACGAGGUGGUUCUUGCAAAUGGUACUCUUGCAAUUGCUUCCAACACGUCAAACCCAGACCUCUACCGCGCUUUGCGCGGUGGCGGAAACAGCUUUGGCGUUGUCACUCACUUUGACAUUGAUGUAUUCCAGCAGGGUCCUAUGUGGGGAGGAUUGCACGUGUGGCCAUUCCAGCCAUCGGUAACAUCCGCUCUCACUCAUGGUUUUGUCAAGUUUGCACACAACGCUCCGUCCGAUCCACACGUAUCACUGUUUGCUGGCUUGGGUUACAAGCAAGGAAACUUUGCCUGGGCUGUAGGGCAGUAUGAUGCUCUAGGAAGGACCGAGCCUUCUAUCUUUACCCAGUUCAAGGAUGAUGUGGAGGUGUAUGGUACGGCGAAGAUUGUUAGCACAGCCAGACUGACUUCGGUGUCGGACCUCGCGGAUGAACUAAACCAAUCAGAGCCUGCUGGCAUGCGAAGCCGUUUUACAACAGCAACUUUCACUGUCGAUGCAGCAUUGUUAACGCUUAUGGUCGAGAUUUUCGAAGAGCAAGUGCAAAAGGCGUUGGAUAACGGUUUGCAUAAGGACCAGCAAUUUGCGCCAAUGCUGGGAAUCCAACCACUAACGCAAAACCUUCUGAGAGCCCAAGAGACACGAGGAGGUAAUAUCAUGGGCCUCCGUGAUUCUGAUGCACCUUUGGUUGUCUGUUCUUUCGGAUGGGAAUGGUCUUACGAAUCUGAUGACAAAAUGGUCAUCGACGGUAUCAAAGCAAUGCUAGAGCAUUCUGUUUCAGCUGCUAAGGAAAGAGGGCUGUAUCACCCUUUCAAGUACAUGAACUACGCUGCAUUAGACCAAGAUCCCAUCGAAAGCUACGGGAAGGAUAAUAUUGAGUUUUUGAAGAAGGUACGAGCGAUUUAUGACCCAGGAAAUGUGUUCACUGAGCUAGUACCUGGGGGGCACAAGAUUAAUUGA